GGCCGGAGUAACGGAGCCGGAGAGGAGCUCCUGCUUUCAUCUCCUGCUUUCCAGCUCUUCUGUUUUUUGUCCGUCUUUUUUCGACGGGAGGGAUUUUUGGAGCCGGCUGGUCGUUUCAGCGCGGACGGUGUUGUGUUUUGCUCUCGGCCGUCGCCGCGGUGAUGCUGUGAACUGUGGCGCGCUGAGCGGUGAGCUCUCCUUCUCAGCCAGGCUUUAUGAGCAGCACUACACGCAGCCUAAAUCCUGCUGGUGGGAGCUUUUGAGGACUGUAGUGCAGUUUUUUUGCCUUGCCUGGGCUGUUUUUGGAAGGGUCUUUUUUGUGGGGGGCUCCCUCUCACCCUGAAGGCCAGGCCUGAGUAGUGGAUGGAUCUGUUAGGAUGCUGUGACAACCCCUUGCUCUGGUCCUGCUAGUGCUGUUGGAGCUAACAGGGCUUAGUGCUGUUGGAGCAUCAUCUGAACGCUGCUGGCUAAAUGAAAAGCAAGCCGUACCAGCUUAAGUUCACACCGCCUUGGGAGAAGGAUGUGGGUUUUGGGAGGAGACACCGAAUAUUCGCACGAAAGCCCACCAAGAUAAUCGCCAACCCCGGUAUCGUGAUGAAGGUGCUACGUCGCAAGAAGAUCUUCGUCUUCCUCGCCUACUUUCUGCUUUUCGCUCUGACCAUGCUGAACCUGGCCAACUACAGGUGGACCAAAGAGCCGCAGCAGUGCAACCACCAAGCGCAGAGUCCCAGGGUCCAAAGCAGACCGGACAUCCAGUUCCUCUUCAAGGAGCCACCACCGAGGACCAGGCAGCUCGUAUACGUGCUGACCACCUGGCGGUCCGGGUCGUCCUUUUUCGGCGAGCUGUUCAACCAAAACCCGGACGUGUUCUUCUUGUACGAGCCCAUGUGGCACAUUUGGCAAAAGCUCUACCCUGGAGAUGCCAUUUCUCUCCAAGGGGCGGCCAGAGACAUGCUCAACGCCCUCUACAGGUGUGAUUUCUCCGUCUUCCGGCUGUACACCAACCCCCCGGGCAAAAAUGUCAGCACCCUAGGUAUCUUUGGUUCCACCUAUAACAAAGUCAUCUGCUCCCAGCCUUUCUGCUCGUCCUACAGAAAAGACGUGGUGGGUAUGGUGGAUGAAAACGUUUGCAGGAAGUGCCCCUCUCAAAAAAUCCACCUUCUAGAGCAGGAGUGCCUAAAAUAUAACACUGUCGUGAUCAAGGGAGUGCGCAUUUUUGACAUGAACGUCCUGGCUCCCUUAAUGGAAGACCCCGCUCUCAAUCUGAAAGUCAUCCACUUGGUCCGGGACCCCCGAGCCGUGGCCAACUCUAGAAUCAAUUCCAAACACGGCCUGAUUCGGGAGAACAUGCAAGUGGUGCGCAGCCGGGACCCUAAGACUCGCCAUGUGCCGCACGUGGACCAAAAAACGAACAAAAAAGAAGGUUCGGACUACCAAGCCGUCAGCGCCUUGGAGGUGAUUUGUGAGUACAUGUCCCAAACUUUGAAAACUGCCCUCAAUCCCCCGAGCUGGCUCAAGGGGAAGUACAUGACGGUGCGGUACGAGGACUUGGUGGAAAAGCCGAUCAAGACCUUGCGGAACGUUUACAGCUUCAUUAACCUGACGGCCACUCGUGACAUGGAGUCCUUUGCCAUGAACAUGACCAGUGGCAACAGCUCCUCCUACGAUCCCUUCAUGGUUUCGUCCAGGAACGCCACCAAGGCUGCUUACGGGUGGAGGACCGUGCUUUCCUACCAGCAGAUCCGACAGGUGGAGGAAUACUGUGGUCAAGCCAUGUCCCUGCUUGGGUACUUGCGUGUUCGCACGUCAUCAGAGGCCAAAGACCUGAAAAAGUCUUUAAUGACGAUACCCAGGGUUUAAAACUCCUGUCGCCGCCCAAGACCAUGGUUUGCUUUGGUGUUGAGUCUGGUACUCUUUCUGAAGGUGUUCAGUGCGUCCGACAUGUUGACUGUGCGUUUGCACUGUACUUUCAUGUCGAAAGACUGCUGCCGCUGCAGCUUGCUUGACCAAAAAAGACUGGAAAGCAUAACCUAUGUACAGUGUCUCAUUUACCUUUUAAUAUAUGCCAAGAUAUUACAGAGGUAUUCCACUGAUUUUUCUGCAUAAUUCAGUAACUGAGAUGCAAACAGUCAUUCAGAGUGAUUUGAUGUGAAAUGAUUCAUUUAGAGAAAACUUACUGACUCAAGCCAAGAAUUAUAAUGUCUACAACGCAAAUAUAGCCGUUAAAUUUAAUACCCAAAACAACCAGUGAGCCUAAAUGUUCUUAUACGUAAAGUUAAUGGUGGUAAAAAUGAUGGUAAAUGGAAUGGUAAAUGCCGCACUGUGCCAUGCCUGUACCUUUCAGCCAUGAAUGUAUUAAA